UCAUUAUAAUUCAUAACCAUGUGAGGGAGCUAUCAGCUAUGGAUGAUUGACAGAUCCAUGCAGCUGCUAGCACAACUUGUUCUCCCAUCCCAGAAUGAAAUCCUUGACCUUAAUUCUUUACUAUGUAUUUUCAGUCUAUAUAUAUAGAUAAUACCCAGAAGAACAAUCUGUAUAAGUUUGUCUGAGUUGAUCUAUAAUGGCCAUGGCCUCCCCCAUUCUUCACAAGCGUUUGCUUUUUCUUCUCCUUCUUCUUCUUCUCUCUGCCCAUUUAUUCUCAGCUAAAAGUGCAGAUUUCAACAAUUAUCCCAUCACUUCUGCGGCGAACUUCUGCAAGUCUACUCCUCACCCCGAUGCUUGUUUGGACUCCAUGAAACUUUCCAUUUCCAUAAACAUAAGCCCAAACGUCUUGGACUUUCUCCUCCAGUCCCUGAAGACGGCGUUAACCCAAGCCGGGAAGUUGUCGGACCUGUUCGCCGUCGCCGGCUCCGGCGGGAAUAUCGUCGAGAAACAGAGGGGAACCGUUCAGGAUUGCAGAGAGCUACACGAACGCACGGUUUCGUCGUUGAAAAAAUCCGUUUCCAGGCUAAACUCGUCGCCGGACGCUAGGAAGAUUGCGGACGCGAAGGCGUUUCUCAGCGCGGCGCUGACGAACAAAGCGACUUGCUUGGAAGGAUUGGAAUCGUCGUCGGGUCCGAUGAAAACAACGUUGGUGGGUUCCAUCGGGGACACCUACAAGUACGUCGCCAACAGUCUGUCGGCUCUCUCCCAGCCUGGCCACCGCGCGGCGAAAAAAAGCGUCGGUGAUAACGGCGGGCGGCGGCGGCGACUGAUGUCGGCGGAUUUUCCGGGAUGGCUGUCGAGUACGGACCGCCGCAUCUUGGAGGAUGACUACAACGAUGACGGCCAGAGUGACACGCUGACGGUGGCGGCUGACGGGACGGGGAACUUCACGACCGUCACGGACGCCGUUAAUUUUGCUCCGAAUAACAGCGAUGUACGAAUCUUCAUAUACGUAAAACAAGGGGUGUAUGAAGAAAAUGUGGUGAUUCCUGGCUGGAAGCCUAAUAUCGUUCUGCUAGGAGACGGAAGUAACGUCACUACCAUCACCGGUAACAGAAGUAUCGUCGGCGGCUGGACCACCUUCCGAACCGCCACCGUUGCGGUUUCCGGCGACGGCUUCUUGGCGCGUGACAUCGCUUUCGAGAACACGGCGGGGCCGGAGAACCACCAAGCCGUGGCCCUCCGGAUCAACGCCGACUUAGCCGCCGUGUACAGGUGCACCAUAGCCGGUUUCCAAGACUCGCUCUACGUACACUCGUUCCGCCAGUUCUACCGGGAAUGCGACAUCUACGGCACCAUAGAUUACAUCUUCGGCAACGCCGCCGCCGUCUUCCAAGGCUGCAACAUCGUCUCCAGAAUGCCGAUGCUCGGCCAAUUCACCGUCAUCACCGCCCAAUCCCGCGACAGCCCAUUCGAAGUCACCGGAAUCGCCAUACAAAACUGCUCGAUCCUCGCAACCUACGACCUGUACAAUAAUUCGAACGCCGUCAAGAGCUACCUCGGCCGGCCGUGGCAAAACUACUCCGUUACGGUGUACAUGGAAUCCUACAUUGACGAUUUCAUAGAACCCGAAGGGUGGACGAACUGGGUCGGCGAUGACGGGCUGGACACGUUAUACUAUGGAGAGUAUGAAAACAAUGGUCCGGGUUCGGGCACGGACAAUCGGGUCGGUUGGGCGGGCUUUCAUGUUAUGGAUUAUAAUGAUGCCUUGAACUACACUGUGUCGGAGUUCAUCACCGGAGAUGAAUGGUUGGAUUCUACUUCCUUCCCAUAUGAUGGUGGGAUAUAAUUUUUAUUUUAAUAUUAAAUAAUCACUAAGCUCAAGUGGAAAUAGUGGAUAAUAUAAUUUUGAUUUCUAAGUUUACGGCAAUUUAUUGCUAAGUAAAUACAUAAAUGUCUCCGAGGAUAUUGGUCCACUAAUAGGGCACUAUCAUAGUUUUUAUAGUUUGUUCUCUUUGUAUGCAAACCAAAAAAAGCUUUCAUAUAUAUAAUGAUAAUGGAUAACAAUUACU